GGCCGCCAAGUUCUCUGGAUGGGACCAGAAGUUUCUAGCCGGCCAGUUGCUGCCUUCUCUUUAUCUCCUCCUUCUCCUUUGGCAGCUAGGAGGCUAUUUCCAGACACUUCCACCCCUCUUCGGCCACGUCACCCAGUCCUUUAAUUCAUAAAGGUGCCCGGCGCCGGCUUCCCGGACACAUCGGCUACACAGAGGUGCCCGCACUCCACAACCUCGUGACCCGCGCCCUAGCUCUGCGCCCCGGGCGGACCCUAACCCAGCAUGAGCGCCGCCACCCAGUCGCCCGUGAUGCAGAUGGCGUCCGGCAACGGAGCCAGCGACCGAGACCCCCUGCCCCCGGGCUGGGAGAUCAAGAUCGACCCGCAGACCGGCUGGCCCUUCUUCGUGGACCACAACAGCCGCACCACGACGUGGAACGACCCGCGUGUGCCCCCCGAGGGCCCUAAGGACACCGCAUCUUCUGCCAACGGCCCUUCCCGCGAUGGCUCCCGGCUGCUGCCCAUUAGGGAAGGCCACCCCGUAUACCCCCAGCUCCGACCAGGCUACAUUCCCAUCCCCGUCCUCCACGAAGGCUCUGAGAACCGGCAGCCCCACCUUUUCCAUGCCUACUCCCAGCCUGGGGUGCAGCGAUUUCGAACCGAGGCAGCAACGGCCGCUCCGCAGAGGUCCCAGUCUCCUUUGCGUGGCGGUAUGACAGAAGCCACCCAGGCAGAUAAACAGUGUGGACAGGUGCCAGCAACUGCAGCAGCUCAGCCCCCGACUGCCCAUGGACCUGAGCGAUCUCAGUCUCCAGCUGCCUCUGACUGCUCAUCCUCUUCCUCCUCGGCCAGCCUGCCCUCCUCCGGCAGGAGCAGUCUGGGUAGCCAUCAGCUCCCCAGGGGCUACAUACCCAUCCCCGUGAUACAUGAGCAGAACAUCCCGCGGCCAGCAGCCCAGCCCUCCUUCCACCAAGCCCAGAAGACCCACUACCCAGCUCAGCAGGGUGAAUACCAGCCCCAGCAGCCUGUAUACCACAAGAUCCAGGGCGAUGACUGGGAGCCCCGGCCGCUUCGAGCGGCAUCUCCAUUCAGGUCACCAGUCAGAGGUGCUUCCAGCCGGGAAGGCUCGCCAGCCAGAAGCGGCACACCGGUUCACUGCCCAUCUCCCAUCCGUGUGCACACGGUGGUUGACAGGCCUCAGCCCAUGACCCAUCGAGAGCCUCCACCUGUUACCCAGCCCGAAAACAAACCAGAGAGUAAGCCAGGCCCAGCUGGCCCAGAUCUCCCUCCGGGACACAUCCCCAUUCAAGUGAUCCGAAGGGAGGCAGAUGCCAAGCCUGUUUCCCAGAAGUCACCUCCUCCUGCUGAAAAGGUGGAAGUGAAGGUCUCCUCUGCCCCAAUUCCUUGUCCUUCUCCCAGCCCCGCCCCUUCGGCUGUCCCUUCUCCCCCCAAGAAUGUGCCUGCAGAACAGAAGGUGGCCCCCAGCCCUGCCCCUGCAGAAGCUGCAGCCCCCAAAUCAGGGGACGCCGAAGUGACCCCUAAGCAUCCAGGUGUGCUGAAAGUGGAAGCCAUCCUGGAGAAGGUGCAAGGACUGGAGCAAGCUGUAGACAGCUUUGAAGGCAAGAAGACUGAUAAAAAAUACCUGAUGAUCGAAGAGUAUUUGACCAAAGAGCUGCUGGCCCUGGAUUCCGUAGACCCUGAAGGACGAGCCGAUGUGCGGCAGGCCAGGAGAGAUGGCGUCAGGAAGGUUCAGACCAUCUUGGAAAAACUCGAGCAGAAAGCAAUCGAUGUCCCAGGUCAAGUACAAGUCUAUGAACUCCAGCCCAGCAACCUUGAGUCCGAGCAGCCACUCCAGGAAAUCAUGGGCGCCGUGGUAGCCGACAAUGAUAAGAAAGGUCCUGAAAACAAAGAUCCACAAACUGAAAGCCAACAGCUAGAAGCCAAAGCGGCCGCGCCUCCAGAUCCCAGCAGCACAGCAGACUCAGCUGGCAACCCGGUGGCUCCCUAGUGUCCCCGGGACCAUGCUGUAGAGACUUUAAGUUGCAUGCACUGCGGGACUUGCAGUCAGCUGGCUGUCAUUAUUCAUAGCCGCUUGGUAUGCAGUAACUUGGGGUGGAGGUAAAGCACUAACAAAGGGGGCUUUUCUUCCAUAUUCUAUUCUGUAUAAAUAAUAAGUUGCCUGUUCCAGAAGUCUAACCCUCUGCUUGUCUGGGACCCCUUUCUGUGCAUGAGUACAAUGAUUUAGCCGUAGCUGUGGGCUGUCUUCCUGUUAGCUCUGGACUGAAGGGGUUUUAGGUUUUGAGGGGUAGGGAGAGAGUUACAGGAAUAGGGAGCCUGCUUUUGAGACAUGUUGUCAUUUUGAUGAGAUAACCUUCAUCUCGUUACUGAAAUAUAACUUCACCUAGAAUGAGAUAUGCAAGGAGCCAUAGGAAUAGCUAUAUGUUGGAAUGGCUUUAAUGUUGUUACAUUUGGUGGGGGGGCGAUGGAAAAUAAAGUGAUUAUAUAACUCUCAAGAUGGGUUU